AUGAUUUUGGUUUGUUUAAUGGAAAAACAAAAAAUUGAAAAAGAUAAGGGAGUUGUUGGAUUAGAAGAAGAUAAAGCGUACUUUACUUCAGGAACACUUAUUAAUAUUAUAUCAACAGAUGUAGAGAAAUUAAUUGAUACUUGUAUAAAUAGUAUUGAAGGAGGUAUAGAAGCAUGUCAACAAACUGGAAGUGCAUGGUAUUUUAAAGAAGUGUAUAAACUUGAAAUUCAUACUGUUGAAUAUAAUCCAACAAAAGGAUCAUCUUACAUUCUUCUUCCAGAUUGGAUAUCAAAUAAAAAAGCAAUAGUUAAUAUUGAAAACAAAGAUGAAAAAUGCUUUCUUUGGUGUAUACUUAGGUAUCUUCAUCCUAAAGAAAGACUAACAGGUUUGAAAAAGUAUGAGUUUUCACUUAACACUAAAGGAAUUACUUUUCCUAUGAAAUUAAAAGACAUCACCAAAUUUGAAAAACUUAAUCCAUCUCUUCCAGGAAUAAAUGUUUUUUCAGUUAAUGAUAAUAAAAAGUUUUAUCCUUUGAGGAUGGCGGAGAAAGAUUGUUUAAAUACUAUUGAUUUGUUUUUCUAUGAACAAGAUGGUGUUUCACAUCAUUCACUAAUUAAAAAUUUUACUCGUUUGAUUAAAUCACAAAUAACUGCAAGUAAGAAUGGUACAAUAUUUAUUUGUAAGAAGUGUUUUACACAUUUCACUAAGGAUGAAUUAUUACAAAAACAUAUCAUAUAUUGUCCAAAUAAUGAAACAGUUUGUGUAAAUAUGCCUAAAGAAAACACAAUGUUAUAUUUCAAAAAUUACUACAAACAACUUCCAAUCCCUUUUGUAGUUUAUGCAGAUUUUGAAUGUUUUACCAAACCAAUGAAUACUUGCAGUCCUAAUCCAAAGGAAUCGUAUAAUUACAACUACCAAAAGCAUGAACCAUCAGGAUUUUGUUUUUAUAUAAAAGGAGUAGUAGAUACAAUAUUUGAACCAAUUAUUUACACAAAAACUAAAGACAGUGAUGAUGUAGCUAAGAUAUUUGUUGAAAAACUUGCAAAAGUAACCAAUAAGAUAUAUAAUGAUUUUUAUCUUCGUCCAAUACUUCUUAGACUAACACACGCUGAACAAAAAUCAUUUGAUGAAGCGGAAAUUUGUCAUAUUUGUAAGAAAGAAUUAUUAGAUAAUAAAGUUACAGAUCAUUGUCAUUUUACUGGCCAGUACCGUGGUGCAGCUCAUAACAGUUGUAAUCUUCAGUGUCGAAAGCCAAUUAAUGAUUCUUCCAGUUAUAUUUCAUAAUCUUCAAGGAUAUGAUGCACAUUUAUUUAUAAAACAACUUGCUUGUUUACCAGGUGAGUUAAACUGUAUUCCAUCUACGGAAGAAAAAUAUAUUUCCUUUUCUAAAAAGAUUAAAGUUGAUGAGUACAGGUCUAGACGAAAUGGAGAGACUAUUUCUUUAUAUUUCGAAAUACGAUUUAUAGAUUCAUUCAAGUUUCUUCAAACAUCACUUGCCAAUCUAGUUGGAAAUUUACAACCAGAUGAUUUUCAUAAUACAAAACAAAUAUUUAAGGAAAAUGUAGACCUACUAAUUCGUAAGGGAGUUUAUCCUUAUGACUAUGUUUCAUCAUUUGAAAAACUAUCCGAAACACAAUUACCUCCAAAAGAAGAAUUUUAUUCAAAGCUAAAUGAUGAAGACAUAACUGAUGAUGAUUACCAACAUGCUAAAAAUGUAUGGAAUACUUUUAAAUGUAAAACAAUUAGAGAUUAUCAUAAUCUUUACCUAAAGUCUGAUGUCCUACUUUUAUCAGAUGUAUUUAAGAAUUUUAGAAAAACUUGUUUGAAACAUUACAACCUAGAUCCAGCUCAUUAUUACACAUCUCCUGGCCUAGCUUGGGAUGCAUGUCUUAAAGAAACAGGCUAA